AGAGAGAGAGAGAGAGAGAGAGAGAGAGAGAGAGAGAGAGAGAGAGAGAGAGAGAGAGAGAGAGAGAGAGAGAGGCUCCAGUGGGAUAAAUCAGGUGAUCAAGCAGGAGUGACUUGAAAUAAAAAUCAAGGCAAGAGCAAGAGACAGCCUCCUACCAAAGCGCAGCCAUAAAAUGAAUUCGGACUCCAGCUCCAGCAGAGCUUCCUCUCCAGACAUGGAUGGGAUGUACCACCACCAUCUCCAUCCUCAAGACGGCCGCCUGAACUCGGUGUCCUCCACGCAGAGCGAGCUGCUCCAGAAGAUGACGGGCGAGCACGCGUCCAAGUCGCCCUCCGGCAGCAAAUACAAGCUCAAGAAGCAGGUGACCGAGCAGGAGGUCCAGCAGCUGCGCUUGAAGAUCAACGGCCGAGAGCGCAAACGCAUGCAUGACUUGAACCUGGCGAUGGACGGGCUCCGCGAGGUCAUGCCGUACGCGCACGGGCCGUCGGUGCGCAAGCUCUCCAAGAUCGCCACGCUUCUGCUGGCCAGAAACUACAUCCUGAUGCUGACGAGCUCCCUGGACGAGAUGAAGCGGCUGGUGGGCGAGAUCUACGGCGGCCACCACUCGGCGUUUCACUGCGGGACGGCGAGCCACGGCGGCGCGGCCGCCCACCAGGUGCAUCCUCUCCUCGGGAGCGCACUGACCUCGUCGGCCUCCGCGACGCUUUCCAGCACGUUACCGGGACUUACCUCCAUCAGGGCGCCGCACUCUUUGAUGAAGAGCAGCCCCGCGCCUCCGCUGCAGCUCGGCGGCUCGUUCCAGCACUGGACGGGCUUGCCGUGCCCCUGCACGAUUUGCCAGGUGCCGCCGCCUCCCCACCUGUCCAUCACCUCCACAGGACUGACGAGGCUUUCCACAGAGAACAAGGACGCGAUGAAGUGAACAGCGAACGGACUGAACUUUGCAUGAUCUGUUUGUCUGUCUGUUUGUUCGUUCGUUUGUUUUAGCCCUUACGAGUUUGCAACUUCGUCCUUGUAACAAGGAUCACUUCAAUUGCUUUGUAAGGUAACUACUUUACCGUUAUGGAGUACGUGCUGCAUAACGGGCUGUAAAUUCACUAUAAAUGAGAGUAAGUUGUUCUAUUUGAGGUGGAGUCUAUGUGUUUGAAGCUGCCCUGGAAACGCGAGCACUCACCCCCCUUACAGAAAUUUGCCGUGGUAACCAUAUUGUCGGCCAAAAAAAAAAAAAAACGCAUAGACAACGAUUAGAGUUUCUGGUAACACUUUAUUUUGAUGGUCCCUCUUGAGCAUUCUGAUGACAAUAAGUAACUUUGCACCUACUUGUCAACUAACUCUCAUUAGAGUGCGAGUAGACUGCCUGAUUAAUAUCUGCUAACUCUUUAUCGUGAUGCUGUCCCAACAGGCAUUGACAUUCUGCUGACUAUAAGUACACUUCCACUUAUUCUACCCCUAAACCUACCUAAUACUCUGAGAGUUAGUAGAUGGGCCUAUGUUAGAGAAAUAUUAAUUACAGGCAAUAGGAUGUGUUAAAGGGGCCAUCAAAAUAAAGUGAAACCGACUUUCUACAGUAAGAGCCUACAUUAAAUUGGGCUGUCCUUUAGAUUCUGACAUUAUGACGCUUCAUUCAUUGCGUAUUUCUUCUGUAGUUGCGUUUUGGCGCAAACUCUGGCUAUCCUGGUGAAUUUGCGUGAGGGUCUGCAAGGCUACUUGUUGAUCAUGUGAUGUGGGGGAGUUGCGUGCAUGCAUCUUUUUGCAAAGGGUAUGAAAAGACGAAUCCCACAUGUUCCUUGUAACAAGGAUUGUGAAAUGGCAUUUCGGAUGAAAACUGUACGACUAUGGAUUUAGUUCGCACUAAAGUGGUAUUAUUAUUCGAUUAUUUUAUUCAUCCGUUGUCAGCCUAAGUAAGAGCUGAACCUUCAGUCGUGUUAUUUCUGUGUCGUAUCUUUAUUUGAAAUUCUUCGGCAUGGCAUCUUGUUCAAACAAAGCAUGAGCUUUGUUAAAAUUUUGUUAUUCCAGAGAGAUUGCCGUGGUCUUUAUUUUUGUACAUUCUUGUUGACAAAUGAGAUAUUUAUUAUUGCCCAGUGUUCCUGGAUGAAAUUUCAAUAAAACAUUGCUGUAAAAAACGAAAUAUCUCUGUGUUUUGUAAAAUGUUGUGCAUUUUAAAUUAAUUGUGUCUUAUGCAGUUAUUACAGCUGU